AUGUGGGUGAUAGUAUCAGUUGAAAAAAGUAAACGUCUUGGUUUAGUUAUUCGUGGUGAUGCUGAAUAUGGUCUUGGAAUAUUUAUAUCAGGUGUUGAUAAAGGUUCUCUUAGCGAUCAAGCUGAUCUUUCAAUAGGGGAUCAAAUAUUAUCUGUUAAUGGAAUUGAUUUUCGUCAUAUAACACAUGCAGACGCUGUUCAAUUAUUAAGAAAUCUUGAUAAAAUGUCACCCAUAGCUAAAACAAGUCCUCGUUUAUAUCCAAGAAUAAUAAAUAAAACAAAAUCUCAAUAUGAUUUAUCAUCAACAUUUCAAAAUAAUUUUAUUAAUUCAAAUAGAAAUUUAUUUCAAUUAAUUAUUAAUAAAGAUGAUCAAGCUAAAAUAAAAUAUCUUAUCAAUCAAUAUCAACUUAAUGAAAUUCAUAUUGAUCAAUCAAUUCAACUUUUAUGA